AUGUCCCAAAUGACGAUGAACGUCGAGAAGAAGAUCGGAGCUGACGUGACUGUGAUCCCUGAAGAUGGGAAAAGGGCUUAUGUCACUUUCCUUGCUGGUAACAAAGACUACUGGAUGGGUGUGGUUGGUCUAGCCAAAGGACUUCGCAAGGUGAAAUCGGCUUAUCCUCUUGUUGUGGCGAUUCUCCCUGACGUGCCUGAGGAACACCGUCAAAUCCUGGUGGCUCAAGGAUGCAUUAUCCGUGAGAUCGAACCGGUCUAUCCGCCGGAAAACAAAGAAGGUUAUUCCAUGGCGUAUUAUGUUAUCAACUACUCCAAGCUUCGUAUUUGGGAGUUUGUUGAGUAUGAGAAGAUGAUAUAUCUAGAUGGGGACAUACAAGUGUUCAGAAACAUCGAUCAUCUGUUCGAUACUCCUCGUGGCUACUUGUAUGCCGUCAAAGAUUGCUUUUGCGAGGUUUCUUGGACCAAAUCUCCUCAAUACAAGAUCGGUUACUGCCAACAGUCGCCUGAAAAAGUGACAUGGCCUGUCGAAAGCCUCGGUGCUCCACCUCCGGCAUAUUUCAAUGCCGGUAUGUUGAUUUUUGAACCAAAUCUCGUCACUUACGAAGAUCUUCUUCGUGUUGUUCAACUCACUACCCCAACUCUUUUUGCUGAACAGGAUUUUCUGAAUAUGUACUUCAAAGACAUAUACAAACCAAUCCCUUCGACCUACAACCUCAUAUUGGCUAUGCUUUGGCGUCAUCCAGAACACGUUGACCUUGACCAAAUCAGUGUUGUUCAUUAUUGUGCUAAUGGUUCAAAGCCUUGGAAAUACGAUGAGGCUCAAGAACACAUGGAGCGAGAAGACAUCAAAAUGUUGGUCAAAAAAUGGUGGGAUAUUUAUGAAGAUUCGAGUUUAGAUUACAAGAACUUUGGCGAGAGUGAGUCUAAGCUGAAUCAGACCACUGCCCCAUUGGCUUCCAAGGACCCUGCUGGCGAUGUGCUAACGAACCUUGCCCCCUCCGCCGCUUAA